CUUGGAAAUUUUGUAAAAUUAUCGUCGAAAAUUAUUAUCAAUGUACUCAAAAAUGUUAUCGUUUCUUUAAUAAUGUAAAAAAACACUUUGAAAAAUGAUUCAUAAACUGUAUCAUCCUUUCCUUCUAUCAACGAGCACUCUGAUUUGAGUUUGAUCCAUGUCAAGUACAUCCGAUAGAAAAUUGUAUCAACUUAGAAUGUAAUCUACAUCUUGAAUACGUACGAAAACACAUUACAUCCAGUCAUGGAGGGCAGUACAUCAACGGCGACAACUCCGCCUGACGGAAACACAAACUCGUCUAUAUUGGCGAAUUUAGAUAUACAUGUUCCAGAAGACUUACUCAACGGGAACUUCGCUAUAUUACUAUUUUCAUUGAUUAUAGCCGUCGUUUGGGUCAUCUACAUAACGUAUUAUAAUUCCAGAGUCAUAGGCUACAUUAUUACUAGACUAUUGACCAAGUUUUAUGUUCGUAAGGGUUACUUGAACGUUGGUUCUUGUACAGUUUGCGCUCUUUCUGGUAAAAUUAUGUUUCGAGAUAUCGUUUAUAUUACGCACGAUUACACAGUACGGAUACAAGACGGUUGGUUGAUAUUUCGGUGGUGGCGUUCUUACGUACCAAAAGAUGUUUCCGAAGAUUUAUCACAUUCAGAUACUCGGCUGUCAGUGAUGUUGAACGGUUUAGAAUUACACACCUACAACAGAUGCGAAUUGUACAGUAAACUAGAACGAACUUUCGGUUUAGAACCUUCAAUUAUCCCUUGGGAAGAUCUAGUUGAAAAAGGUGACGUCGAAGCCCAAGUCCAUGAUCCAGGAGAACGACAGCAAGUUUCAAUUGGUAAAAGUUGGCGUGAUUUAAUACCCGUCAUCAAAGUCGAUAUUUCUUCGGGUCGUUUCGUUUUCGGUAAUCGACUAGUUCCGACAACACUUUCGAUAAAUGUCGAAGAAGCUCAUUGUGUUUACUCAACAAAACCAGCUGCCUCGAGAUUGGAUCAUUUUAUGCAUUUUGUUAAAUGUAAAGCUGAAAAUUUUAAGGUCAUAUUGGCACCUAGUCCUAAGUUUACCGGCAUUGCUGACGAACCACCAAGGUACAUGGGAGCAGGUUUUGUGGUAUUUUCUUCAAAUAAAAUAGAAUUAUAUUACUACAUGGAUGAACCAGGUGUUGUACCUGAGGAACCGGAAAUGUUACAAUUAGCCAAUGGCGAUAUAGUUGAAUCAGCGCCACCAAUUUGGGGAAUUGAUAUUAAAUGUGGAAAGGGUACGGAUUUUAGUUACGGUCCAUGGGCAGAUAGACAACGUGAACAUCUAUUUAAAUUUUUCUUCCCUCAAGAUUACCAAAAUUUGGAAGUUACCAAACCUCCUCAACCGGGUGAAAAAAGACAAGUUCAGGCGUUCGAUAUACGACUUAGCACCUUGUACGAAUCCACUAUAGAUAUAUUGUUUACUAAAAACAAGGAAACGAAUGCUGUGCACGUGAAUGUUGGUCCCGGCUCAUAUUUAGAAAUCACUAUGCCUUGGCUUGUCAACAAAGAUGGUUAUAUUACUAAAAUCACCGGACAAUUGUUGCAUUGUGAAGCAACAACUAGUUUACAGUUUCGAAGUUUAGUAGAAAGUGAAACUUUGGAAUUUACUGCUCGAUGUCAUUAUCCGAUUCGAUGGAAUGAUCAUCAAGAAUGGUUGCUGAAUUUGACCGGAUGUAAAGCUACCGGAUGGUUUAUUUAUGCUCAUAAAGAUUUCUUCGAAGAUUUAAUCAACGACUGGGCCAGUAAAUCGAAACCCGAUCUGUUGCAUUUUAUCCCAUACACGUGGAAGCUGACAGUACUUUUGAAAGAAUUCGAAUUAUUGACGCAGAGCAACGAAUAUAACUGGGUUGAUUGUUCAUCGCAGAAUCAAGAAAAUGCUCACAUUGCGGUUUGCGGAGAUUUAUUUGAUUUCUCGUUCGAUCUACCAUUUGAUGAUUUUCUACCUAAAACGCUCCCGCUCCGGUUCUGGAUCCAGGGCGAAAGUGUGGAUCUCACGAUGCACUUACCGGAAGUAUACACCAGCCGAAGUAUUCUUCUAUCAUUGGAUAAAAACGCUAAACUGCUUUCUCGAGAUGGUUCCCUUUUACAUCCCAGACCACAAGACAACGGUCGUAAAUGGAGAAACGUUUGUAAACGAAGCAAUGGCUGGGUCGAUUUCUGGUCAAUACCAAUUGCAGCGUUGAGUAUUCAUUACACGUACCAUCCAAUGCCGCCGUUCGGGCCUCCUCCUCAAGCAGACAUAACGACGCCGGAAAAAGAGGAAAUUCUUUUAUCACCUAUGAGAAUGCCCGGAGUAAGAAAAAAUCCUUCUGUGUUGCAUUGGUCUAAAGACGGUAAUCAGAAAUUCGAUCCUUCUACGUUGACUCCAGAUAAAGUGAGCUUAGAGUUGGAAAUCGGACCUUCUGUUAUAUUUCUAUUUGGCACAUGUCUCCGGCAUUUGGUUCAUUUGAAGGAGAGUAUAUUCGGCGAAGAUCAAACCUUCACCGAUAUGAACGACCCACCAACUGUAUCACCCAGUCACUCUGCUUCUUCAUCGUCAACAGUAGUUGCUGAUUCUAGUUCUAUAUCCGAAGACGAACUAUCGAAAAAGGAAUUCGAUCCGAGACUCUAUAGACCUUUAGAUAUCGUCGUCUCGAUUACAAUGCACGAUAUCCAAGCUCAUCUCAUGAAAAGUUGUAUGGAUAAGGAUCCUCCUUGUCCGAUCAUCCUUCUGGAACGAUUCGGUUUCGAGAUGAAAAUCGAGUACAAAGAAAUGCAAUUACAACUUUUGCUUUCGCCAGCCAUACUCAUAAGUACAGAUAAAGUGCCUAGUAGACCGCACCGAGACAAUCACUUGAAUCAGGGUCACGUCAUGUUAUCCGGUUUGCAAAUUCGAGGCCAUGGUAUGUUCAGCGAUCGAGGACGUACGCUGGAACAGAAAACGUUGGAGUAUGCUUGGAUGUUGGAAAUCCAGAUUGGGAAAUUGAGCGCUAAAUUGACUUCUCCUCAGCUUUAUCACGUCGUCGUUGGGCUAGAGACGCUGGUGUUGUUAAUGUUCGACGGCGAAAACAAACUGCGUCCUCCGAGACUGCCUCAAGAAUGCUUACAUGGCGUUGCUCCGAAACAGUGUCCGGAAUCUGAUCCCGAUGGCACGUACAGGUGUCCUUCUUCCAGCGACGUCAAGUAUCGAAUGACUAGAUGUGUCAUAGAUGCUAUUGACUUCUAUCUAGUCGAGUCAAACACCGCAUUAAAUCUUUGGGCGUCUCCUAUUCGUAUUGCUACUUGUAAUUUACACGGUAAUCACGUAAAAAGUGGAGUGACCACGUUGAUUCCGGCUAUUCGUCUACGUCACAUGGUAGCUGCCAAUUCACAAGUCUGUAAUCAACAUGGGACCGGUACAGCGAGCAAUAGUAAUACGAAUACGACGUGUAGCGGUCGAUCCCAACACAGAAUGAACACCGAUGGGAAUGAUAUCUGGUUAGAAGUUGGUAGCGUCUCUUUAGGACCUCUGAUCCUCGAAGCAGCCGCUUCGCUUUGCAGUACCGAUAAAAAUUUACACUUAGUCCAGCACAAAUUUUUGAAAUUCCACGACGAACGGUAUAAAAAACUGUGGUUUUUGUGGCCCAGCGAUAGCAAGCUAUUGGUUACCGGAAGAUGUGGCUGUAUCGGAGGAUGCGUGUUCUUUGGACGGAAUAGAAACGGUCAGCGAUUUUUCAAACCUGCCAGGCAAGAUGUUCAAGAUGGUAUCAACAUCGCCGCAUUCAGAAUAAACGAUAGCGGUAAAGAUCCAGGAUUUGGUCAGAGUAUUUUACACGAAUCUCAACUAGUGUUCCAUACUCCGCCUUACAACGCUUUAGACAUGACCAUUCAUGAUCAACCUGUGCCUAUUUGGACGGAACACAGAGUACCAUCAUCGACCAGUGUUCGAUCUAAGGUGACAGAAGGCGACAAUCACGUAAUUUCGGGUGAUAACGUAGUAGCCAGUUCGCAUUCGGUUACUGAUAGUCAAUCAACUGCUACUACCGGCAGUUCCCUUACUCCUAGUCAUAAUCCUCAAUUUGAUGGUAAAAUGUCGUUACCGAGGAGGUUCUCUUAUACGUCAGUUAAUAACAGACUUCCGAAUUCUAGUCAUAUUAAUAGAGAAGUACCAUAUGCCAGAUUGAUAGACUCUAGUCCAACGACGGCGUAUCCGCCCACGAAACUGGAUUCGGAUUCACGUCUUAACACAUUAGGAUCGAUUUUAAGUGUACCUGAGAAUGGAGAAUGCGAUGGUACUCCAAAGAGUAGUAUUUCAGAUUCGAAACUUUCUGUUGACUAUUUUAAUACACAUAGUGCCCAUUCGACCUCGUCUGAUCAUAAAGAUGAUGGCUCUGAAUCAUUCGUUACUUUGUCAACUGAUAACAAGUCGACCAGUCCGAGAGGCGACGUUAUGUUCAAACGAACCGUAUCAUUAUCCAGUGAAAAUCAAUCCGAAACGUUUUUCUCAGCUGAAGAAGAACUAAGCCAUAAUCGAAAUUCUAUCGAUAGUAACAUGACCGAGAUGAAAUCGCCAAAUAGUCGUAGCUCCUCGUUAAGAAAUUCUGUGAUUAGUUCAUCUAGUUCUUAUGUUCACGAAGGAACUUUACCAUGCAAACGAUUCGGAAGCGAUUUGAAUAUAUUACCGGAGAAAAAUAAAGUGCUACCUCUAAGUCAUUUGAACGAAAUCAAAAUGUCGUUACCGGUACAUCGAAGUGAUAACGAGAUUCAUACCCCAGAGCACCGCAGUGUCGGUUAUUUCUCUCGUAAUUAUUACGACCAAACGACACCUGUAGCGGAAGAUGAAAAAUCACUCAUUGGAAGCUUGGAACAUAUACAAAGACACCUUAUCGAAGCUCCGGCAUCUUGGCCUCAUCGUAACGAAAGCCCCAAACUUAAAAGUUGCAGUAUCGAUGACGACGAUACUCUAGUUCAAACAUCAGCCUCAGCUUUACUUUUAGACUCGUCGGAUUCUCAUUCGGUAUCCAGUACGUCGUUCAUUUCAGCUGUGUCGUCUCAGGAAGACCUGACCUUGGUCAAUCUACAUAUGCAAGUCAACAAACCAAUUGUUGAUUCGCCUCUGUUGAUGUCUACGUACAUAAAUCAUCUAUCCCAGGUUGGAUGUACGAAUUGGUCACAAGUAUCGUUACCACCACAUUCGGAUGUAUUUACGGUGCCAUUCUUUCAACGAUCCAACGACGGUCGUCUGGCUUUUAUUGGGAGCAAAUAUUUACCUCGAUUCGAUGUACUUACCGAAGGCUUCACUUCGUUAAAAAUGGUUCGCAGAUUGAACUGUGACUCUAGUCCGGCUCCGAAUUAUACUCGAAUGUCCGAACACUCGUAUCCUUGGGAUAAAAACCAACCUGACUUCGUUUCCAGCAUGAAUGAAGAUUUCGAAUUCAUUUCGCAAGAAGAAUUGUUAUCUUUGAGGAACGAGAGUGGUACGAGAACCACAGUGAUUAUCAAAAUGAAAGGAGACGUUGAUAUUAUGGUGACACCUUUAAUAUUGGAAUCUUUGCAAAGAUUCGUCGAUGCAUUGACUCCAACAUUAAGUAUCCUACAUCCAAUCACCGUCCUCAAUCAUCUCCACAUGUCUUGUAUUGGUAAAGUAGAAUCGGCCAACGUGCUGAAAAAAGAUAAAUACCUGAGUCAAUUGCAAGGCGGUGGAAGUAAAAGAAGUACAGUCGAGAGGGUGAAAAAUAUGCCCAAAGAAGCUUCCGAUACUCACGAACCUUACAGUGUGUACGAAGAAUUCAUUGCUUCUCAAAUACAAGGAACCGUCAUCUUACCUAAAAUAAAUAUAUCGGUACUUCAGGCGUCAAUUGUCGAAGAAGUGAUCUCAUUCUCUGCGUUGGAUAAUUUAAGAGAUCUAACGUGCGUCUCGUUGUUGGCCAUCUGCAUAGAUGAAGUCACUGCCCGAUUUCAUUACGGCAAACAAGCUAGAGAAGUCGUUCAAACAUUCCAUCGGCCUACGGUCACACCGAGUGGGCAGAAAAAAGGUGUUUUAAGUCGAGCUGCUGGUAAAGCUCUUCUAUUAGGGUUGCAUUUUACCACUACCCCUGGUAAAGAUAAUAUUAGAGGAGAACCUGUAUACAUAGAGACAUCUGAGAAACAAGAACAAGAGACUGUUAUCACGUUUAAUAUUAGUAAAAUUCACACUCAACUCAGAAGACUGAAAAAUGAAUGCUCGCUUUUGAAAGACGCAGUCAUCACUGCCAUUCCAACGUAUUCGUCUAAAGUAUUGUUCACUACGUGUUCGAAAUCUUCCGGGUCGCCAUCGAACACAAUUACCGAUAGCUUAAUCACAGAUAAUAAUAAUACGCUGAGUGCCUUACCGGACGAUUUGACAACCCUGAAUGAAGAUAAAAUGGGAUUUAUCAUGAUGGAAUGUGGUUUCGAGGGGGUAUCAUUCAAACUCGUCAAACGUUCAAAAUUCGAAAAAGACGAAGAACAGCAGAACGAAAAAGAGACAGCCAAAGCUGAAAAUUCAUCUCCUGUGCCUCCUUCCGAAGGUCACUGUACUGAUUCCGUCCGGUCCAAGGAUGAAUUGGAAACUUCUACCAAGCAUGCCAAUGAACCCGCUGAAUCUUCAACGGGUGCAACUGCAGCAGCUGAAUCUGAGUCAAAUUCUCAAAAAGAUCAACAAGAUAAAGCAACAAGUGCCUCUGGUGAUAAAAAUGAUAAUAGUGGAAACAGUACAUUGAAUAAAAUUGUCGACGGAAACGCCUCCUCCUGUAUCAUUGAAAUCCAACAAGUAUGGUUCAAUUUCGCUGCACCUCCUCGAACUCCAAUCACCAGGAAAAUCGACUACACUCGUUUGGAUUGGAAUUUACUGAGUACAGCGUCACCGGCCAUAAAUGCUUGGAUGAAUCCCAGUAAUCGAUUAGCCAUACGAGUUGUGCACAUGUUAAGAUGCCUGUAUCGCAGAAAUACCGCCGUUAUUACUUGUCUUAUGGCUGAAGCUUUAGACGUACAAAGUCUCCAUAUGCCUAUAAAGAGUCGUUACGGGCGUAUUACUCCUUUAGCUAAAACCCUGCAAGAAGAUCCAUCCUGCCAAUUGUGCAAUAUUUUGCGAAAAUACACCUUACAGCAUUCAAAUAUCGAAGAAUACCUCAAGGAAGACGUACCUCAUUUAUCCAUUCUGAGACAAGGAGUUAUUGUACUGAGUCGUCAAUGGAAGAACAUUCUGUACACUCCGCUUCUGCUGGAGCAUAAUUUCAAGAGUAAACGACACGUUGUGAAGCCUUUGAACGUCACGUUCGCCGUUCCAGAUCCGGAAGAGGAAAACGCUGUGCUUACCGAUGAAGGAGAUGGUGACGGUGAAGGAGAUGGAGAGGCCGACGUAUCCUGCGAAGAAUGCGAAGUCACCGACGAAUGCGCCAUGUUACUUAAUCCCAGUAUCGGUGUGACUCCCAAUACAUUACGUAAAGUACUCAAAACCCCGUCCAAUAAAUACGCACCUGGAUCUUCUUCAGCCGGCAAAUCGGAUAGUAAAAAUGUCACCAAUUCGGCCAGCACCACUCAGCAGCCUCCAAACAUCGCUAAUCUUUCGGCUAAUGUCGGUGAUGUAUCUCAGACAAUGCAUAGUUCUCCUACAUCGCCUGGUUCUAGUGGUCAGAAUGCGAGUGCAAAUAAGCCCGGUGUACCUCCUAGAAGAAAGAAGAAAUCUUUACUGCCGACUCAGCAAUUAUCAUCAUCCAGAGCCAGCGUAAUAUUCCCAAUUGCCAGCGGCUCGGCUACGUAUUCACCUCAGCAUCAGUUUCUGCAAAGAACCGAUACAGCAUCGACUGAGAAAAAUCAAUCUACUACCAAAAAAGCAGACACUACGGCGGUUAAUUCGAACUACAUCCUUCAUUCGUGCGGAUCAGUCCAUAGUCUUUGCUCCGGAGCUGUAGGAGAUACCAUGAUGCAGCACUCGGCCGGUAGCCUAGAUGGCCAAAACGCAUCACCUCCUAUGGCCUCGUACUUCGUAUCCAACUCCGGAUCCGGUGUAACUGGUUUAAAUAAAUCUGGUCAAGGUGAAGAUCUAUACACGUGGAUGGCUAAACAAGGUUUCGAAGACACCGAGCCUAAAAUGACCGAAAACAAAGUAGCCAAAAGUACAUUCUGGGAUCUUCCCAAAGAAGAACUUCCCGCAGUUAAUUCGGGAAUAUCGUUGAAUAAUCCGGAUUACACGUUGUUAGCUGCUGCCGGAUACAGUCUUUAUCCGAUGCAUGAUUCUUUACGCUUAUUAGAUGCUCAUUUGAUCUUCGAACCGUUACUGUCCAGUUUGGGAGUCAUGCCACAACAAAUGAUCACGAAUACCGGAUCUGGAAAUACUAAUGCGGUUACAUCGCUCGAUUCGUGGGGUUCUAACUUGACACUCGUUGGUGGAAUGGAAUCAAUGAGAAUCGAUAUCGUAGUCAGUGAACUUGGUAAAGGUAGUUUCGAUUCGGAUUCUAAUAAAAAACCAAAGUCUGGUAAACCUCAAACCAAAGGAUCUAAAUUCCAUGAAAAACCGUGUCUGGAAAUGGGCUCUGAAAUUCCAGCCUUUUUGUGCGAACGUGUCAAUUUAGAGUGCGAUGUUCGAAGAGUUGCCGAUAUGACCGUUGUGGAAGAUUUGAGCCGACAACGUCGCAAUAUGUUGUACGUUUCUCGAGGUCAACUAAAGAAACAUUCGAAUACUGCUCUAAAUGUUAGCGUCUCAGCGCAUUAUAUUUCUCAACAAGUCAAUAUGCCUUUACUACGAUUACUUCAUCAAAUCACAAACAUGUACCAGAACGUUAAAAACACCCAAUCCGAGCUCAAAGAGCAAGAACCUCCUCUUGAGAUGAAAGUACCUCCUCCUAAAAUGCCUCAACCUCCAAUUGAUCUUCAAAACAUACAAACCUCCAUGCAAUCUCACGUCGAAGGAAAGCCUCCCAUGUACCCUUACUCGUUGAACGAGCACAAAACAGUAUUAUCACCUUCACCUUCAGUCAGAUCGACGGCUACCUCGACCAGACCUCAAAGUCUGGCGCAACGUAUCAGAUCAACUAGUAGAAGCGUCAAAGGGUACAUGAAUCUUGGAGAUGGACCAGCCAACAAUCGUAGCAGAUUUUCUUCCCUGUCUGAUGAUAAAGUAUCGCAGAUCAAAGAAGAAUCCACCAAUGCCACCAGUUCUAUUCCGAAAUGUUGGAAAACUGUGUAUUAUUUGCUGGAUUUGUACGCUACGAUGCCCGAAACGAAAACCGUCAGUCAUAGGAUUUCAAUGGGUGGUGAAGUAUCUGAUGGGCUGAAAGGUACAACACGUAAAUAUGAUACAUUGGUCGAAUCGAAAUCCAGCGACGAUGCCGAAAAAGUAGACGCAACUUCGUCGACUCCUGUCCCUCAGCAUCCUAAUUUGAUUCGAGAAGAAAAAACGCGCCUGAUUAUAUUCGCAGUCGCGAGAAUCCAUCGCACAAAACUUCUGGCCACUUUGAGUGGACUAAAACUGGAAGCUGAGAUAACCAAUUUACAUUCGAGUCUGACCUGCCGUAAGAAAAUUCGACCUAUCAGUUUGGAGUAUUCGGUAACUGGUCAAGUAGGUCGUACAAUGAUCGUGUUACUGGAAGGUGUAGCCCCAAAUCAACAAACUGUCGUCAAAGUUACCGUUGGCAAGUCUCAAGCGUUGUAUUCGAGUAUGAGUCGCAGAUCGAAAGAUAAAAACUCGGCUCUGAUGACGGUCGGAGCUAUAAAUAUAGAAAUUCCUCAACAUCCUGUCGCUCUGCACGGAAUGAUGACUCGUGGAACGAAACAACUAUCUUCGACGUUGCAGGAACUGAGAGUUACUAGGACAUCUAGUCGUAUGAGUCGUGGUACAACUAUCGAUGAAAUGGACGCUAACGUGGGUCCUCAGCCUUCGCCGAGACAACCGGUUCGGUCGAGUAAGGGGAAUACAUCGAUCAGAUCUCAUAUUCAAGCCAAUAGUAGUCCGUUAUUGCAACCUUUAGUUAUGCAUUUUACCGCUGUAAUUCAGAGUCUUAGCAUCACCGCAUCUCUCUUGCCAUCCUUGCAAGCUCAAUAUAAAAUGGACCAACUGACUAGUAACGGAUUCACCGGAAGUAAAGCCAAAUUUGUCGUCGAUUUACCUCGACACUCGUUAUCAUUUUCAACCAAAGUUGAAAUCACAGAGGCGAACUUACCCUCAGAAGCUUGCAUCGAAUUGCCCAAAGUUCACGUCUCAGCCGAGUACAUUCAAGAUAGCGCGAAACCUAAAGAUGGCCAGUGUUUUUCCACCGACGGUGCUGUCCUCAGAGCUGGAAAUUAUCUCAGCGCUAUCGCUGAUAUCGGUACUUUCGAGCAUUCUCUGACUACCGAUUUAUUGAAUCAUUUGAUGUUCGUGCAGAAGGUUUUCAUGAAGGAAGUGAACGAAGUCGUUCAAAAAGUAUACGGUGGCGAAAAACCAGUCCCUAUAUGGCUCGAAGAUACCGAAGAAUCGAACAAUACUCCGGUUAAACGAAUACUAUUCUCAUUGGUUGUUCGAAUCAAGCGUAUUCAACUUACUGCAACGACACCGACCAAUUGCGCUGUGCGUCUAGAAACCGGCUCAGUCGAGUUCCAGAUUUCUAAUCGCGUCCAAAAUGUAUCCGGUGCCUCGGUACAGCCUGCAGAAACGGCCAAAAUAUUCGUCAAGACUCAAGUAGACGUGAAUCUGUCUUUGGGUCAGCUCAUUAAGAACGUGCUGUUCGAAGAAGCUGAUCCGGAAUUUCAGCAGUUUGCUUUUUUCAAAACCAGAAUAGGUAUUCGGAACGCAUUCCAAGGAGAAAUGGUUGGUGAAGGGGAAGACAAAGAGGUCAUUUUGAUCACUUUACGUAGACCUUUAAUUUACAUUCAACCGAUCGCUGUCGAUAAAGCUAUUCUCGUGUGGUUAAAUUACAAAAACGCUUACGAAUAUUGGAACGAGCAAAGAUCCAUUCUAAAUUCAGAGGUUCUCAGCGCCACUCAACAGAUUUACGAAAGAAUCGCCCUGGAAAGAUUAACCAGUUCGUCCAGUUCCGGUAUACUUUUCCUUCAAUUGACUGUCGAAGAUAUGGGGAUCUGCGUACCAUUAAAUCCUUUACCACCGACUACCUGGGGUCUUAAUCGAUCAUUCAUGCCGGAGAACGACUCCUGCGCCGCUGUAGUCAUCACAUUGGAAUCAACCAGUAUCUCAGCUUGCAGCGCAGGAUCUCUCGUCAGCAAAGGGCGUUUCAUCGGACUGUGUUUGAGAUUCGCCGAUGAUUUUGAAACAUCUCUGGAUGACUGGAAACCAGACAUCAAUAACGAGUUAGCUGGCGUCCUGAUGAACUUCUGUUCUGUUUCCGAAGGAACGUACGAAGUUUGCAGUCGCACAACUACCCAAAAAUCUGAAAGUGAAAAUCCAAAAUGGUUCUUGAACGUUCAAUGGCAAAUGGAGGGAGUCGAUAUUCAUCUAGAUGUGAAUAUUGGGAAACAAUUAUCUGCUUUGGGACAUACUUUAACAAUGCUGACCGGUGUUCAAGAGGAUGAAACAUUGACAGCUUGCUACGAUAGUGACGAAGGAGACGAUAAUACCAAUAAUUCUCAAGAGAGUUUAGAUUCAUCGAAGAAUAUUCCAUUGGACGAUACUCUAUCUCCUUUAGUCAGCGACGGAUCAAUGGAUUCAAAAAAACGCUCGAAAUUAUUAGAAAAAGAAAUGUACGAGCAAGUGAAAAUCAUCAACGAUCUGAGAUCCCUCGGAGCUUCCCAAGGAACCAUCGAACAGGAAGUUAAACGAUUACACGAACUGGAGACUUUAGUUUUCCGAGGUUUCAGAAGAGAUAUGAUUCAGAAGCUCAGAAGACAGAGUGUCAAGGGUAAAUAUCAACUCAAGGAUAAAUUUGGAUUGGGAACCAAAGGCACUUAUCGGUCUAAAUCAUUCGUGUUGUCUUCUCCGACAAAAGAACAAGCUCCGAAAUUGGAAAACGUUAAUUCCGAGUCAAAGGGGUUGAAUCAGAUAGGAGAUGAACCAAAAUUAUCGACGCUACCUCGUGUUACAUUUAGCGAAUCGAGAAGCGUCCGUCGACAAAUCUCUUUACCAAGUACCAGCUCCGAUUUAAGUCUAUCCAUGGACGAAAAAGAACCGAUGCAUUGGUUACACGAGUCAGAUCCUCAGCUCGAAGAUGUAUCUAAUCCGAAUGAAGAUGUGCAAUCGACUCCUGAGAGCUCCACUCUCCAGGAAGAUCUCUCCAAUCGUGAGCAGCUCAAGAAUGGUAACGCGAGCUUUUCCAAGCCCCAAGAACCGAAUAUUGAUUUCGAGUUGGACGUCAAAGUGUUCAUUAAUAGUGGCAAAUGUGUUCUUCAUACCAAAGAUCAGGCUCGAGAAGAUGAGCUGAAACUGAUUAGUAGAAUGAAAAAAGAUCGAAGCAGCUCCGGCGGUACAUUAGAGUUCCCUGGGAGUCCUUGUGUUAGUCGAAGAUCCCAUAAAGAGAAACAGCCCAGUUACUCUAGGCUCAGAUUGAAUCCAAAUAGUGUAACCCCGGCUCAACUGGUCGAAUUGACUGUUUUCCAUAUUCCCGGACUGGAUGUCAAAGUACACUACGAAUCGAAGAUAAUACCUGAUGGAAGCCUGUCUCCUUGUUAUACUGUCGACUCGAGUGGUAUGAUUGUUCGAAAAACAAACUCGAAGAAAGCCAGCUUAUUUGCUUGGUUGACGCUGCAAAGUAUCCCUGAGGAGACUAUUAUAUCACCUCAUAUUUUGGAGUUCCUCGAACAAACCCUCGAACCUAUUCCAGCUAAUUUACGGAAUCCUUUACACUUUACAAAUUCAACAGAUACUAGUAAUUUAUUAUCGAAUAGCGAAGAAGAUGAUGAUAUUUUUGUCCGGUAUAUUACAUCGGGUCAAUACGCAUAUGCUUCGUUUCCGGUCGAUGUGAUCGUCUAUUUCCACAUGCAACCGUCCACAUUCCGUUUUUCAUGUUUACCUGUGUCAAGAGUCGAGUGUAUGUUGAAGUUGCCCUCUUUGGAUAUUGUUUUCUCUUCCAAGAGAGCUGACUCAUUCAACGAAAACGAAUCAAAACAAGACUGUGGCAUGCCAGCUGCUGUUGGAGGUUUAAGUGUAACCGGUGUAAUGGCAGAUUUCUCUCUAUAUAUUUUCCAUCCAUACGGCGGUAAAAAAUCAGGAUCCGCUUUAAAAGAGCCUCAAACAAUUUGGUCACCUUUGGCAGACGGUGAACGAAAAGAUUCGCUUAGUGUGAACGUCGAAUUCGUCAAAUUCCAUCUGUCUCGAAGUCGUAAGAUGAAUUUCGAAACUCCCACUGGCAAAAGCACCGAGCAGAGUCAUGCUACUAUUCGAUUUUCGACUAUUGUGGAUAUUGGAUCGGCUUCGUUUAAAUACGAUAUGAGAAGACUGACAGAAAUAUUAGCUUUUCCAAAGGCGUGGUAUAGACGUAGCAUUAUUAGGAGAUUAUUCCUCGGUGAUUUAACCAGAGCUCCUAUGUUCAGCGACGGUGAAGAUGAAUCUGGUCCUGAUCAUAGUGAAGAACUUGAUCAUGAGAGUGGAUUGGAAGAUGAAAGGGGCCAUAAUAAGAAUUCCAAGAAUUCGUCCAGUCGCGAGAAAAUCAAACGUCAAGAAUCGAAAAAAUCGCAUCCUAAAGUAGGCAAAAAGAAACGCGAAUCCAUCUCGGAAGAUCGAAUCAAACCUCAUAAAUUGACCAGUAGCACAGGAUGGCAAACUUUGGUCUUAUUUGCAGUGAAUUUCAAACGUUUAAAUGUACAUAUGAAUAUGGGAAAUGUGAUGGGCAAUGUGUCAUGGUUAACGAAAGAGUUCCAUUCGGAAGGACGGUUAUCUAUCGGAAGCACCGGACAUAAGAAUUUAUUCAUUGGGUUAGGAUUUGGAGGUUCGAGCUUGGAUGCGAAAGGAGGUAUCGUUGGUGGUACCAUCGAACUCAGUAAAAUCGAUACUUUCAUAUCAAUUCACGAAGAUCCUGGACGAGAACCUGAUCAUACCGUUGGUUUGAAGUUAUUCGCUUUAGAGUUGAGGUUGGAUUAUAUGGGAACUGCUAUACUCAUGUCGAGAGUGAGUUCGUUGAAUAUUUCUCUACGUGAUGAAUGGAAAGUGGUCACAAGAAAAACCUCAGGAGACGUUCUAAACUCAACUAAAAGACCUGCGAUGGUAUUUAUGCACGGAGACCUGAACUGGGACCAAUUACAAAUCAUGAUAUCCAAAUCAACCGCAGCAGAUCUCAUCAAAAUGUACUACAAACUAGAGGAGUUCUUUUCGCAACAGUUCAAAUCGAGCAAACGAGUAUUUUCUAGUCUUCAAGAUGGUCCGAAAUCAAAAAGCAAUUCCGUAGCUGGACCUAGCACAAGUAGUUUUAGAAAACGUGGUCCUCCUACGAAGAAAAAAGUUACCUCGACGUUGAGCGAAAGUGGAGUUAAUAAAACUAUUCCUCCGGAAUCAGCUCAACAUCACAGACAUUGGCAACCUGGCCUUUAUCAGGUUGCUAAUAUGCAUUUAUCGACGAUGAAACACGCUUUACCAUCUUGGGGCACGGUGCUGGGAGGCACGAUGGAUUUACAUGGUACAAAUAUAUCGUUAGCUUGCUUCCACGGUAUUAAUUUCAAGUCGAAGUCGUGGGCUUUGUUUUCGCUGAAAGAACCUUGUAUUUCGUUCGCAACCGAAGCUCAAGAAGUUGAAGCCAAAGAACCUGAUAUCUCUGAAAAAGAUGUCCAUAUCGUAGAAACGUUGACUUUCAGCCUCGGUAUGACCCCCAGUAUGCAAACGUACACUCAGCAUCACAGCAUGGCGACCAUUUGCAGAGUCAGUCGAAACGUAUUAUUCCCUCCCCAAUUUCGUACUAUUCAAGAAUGGUUCCAUUACGCCUUCUCCUGCAGUGAUCUCGAUGCUGUCGAUCGAUUCCCAAGUCUCGAACGUGAAAGACAAGAGGUCGUUGAUGGAGUCCGAUGUCGAACCCCUAAACCUCAAGAAACAAUUAACCAUACUCGAGAAGUCAUCUUCGCCUUGCCUUCGUUGCAAUUACAUCUUAAAACUGAACAUUUGCAAUCAGCUGGUCUGCCUUUCAUGAGUGACGAAAAACCACUCGUAGACUGUAGUUUUAUAACCGAAUUCGAAGACCAUAUAUUCGUCACUGUAGACGCCGAAGCUUUCUUUUUCCUUCAUGAUUUAAUCACUUCGUACAUGAGAGAAAAAGAGCGCGUGGCUGCAAACCAAAGUUACCACAGAGCUUACAGUCCCAGCCCUCCCGAAACUAGUAAAAAGAGAAGUAACGGUAACGGUGGCCCGAGUGAUGGUAAAAAUGACUCGACAAGCGACGAUAUCGAAGAACACUAUUCCAAAGAUUGGCGUACGUUCCAGUGCAAAACGUGGCAUCUCGAACCCACCGUUCGAUUAUUAUCUUGGGGUGGUAAAAGCAUCGAACCGUACGGAGUCGAUUACAUAUUACAAAAACUAGGAUUCUCUCAUGCCAGAACAACCAUUCCAAAGUGGAUGCAGCGCGGUUUCAUGGACCCGCUGGAUAAAGUAUUGGCUGUGCUUGUAUUAAGAAUAAUCGCAUUGGCUAGAGAAGAACCCAAACACGAUACCAGAAGAUCUACGCAUUAAGUCCUUGCUUACCUACCCCUAUUUUUUAUUGUAUUGUUAUUCUCCUCCGUGCCCCGUUUUUAUUCUUUUAAUAUUGUGUAUUUUUCUGUUGUGAAUAAUUAUUUAAUUGUACCCCGUAACGAUAACCUAUACCCCGAGUCAGUUCCCCUCUUUAAUUUACGUAAAUGGUUGAAGAUUUUUGUGAUAAUCGAGGUGGUUUCUAUAAUAUUAUAGGUAUUUAAUUAAUCGAUGCUUUGAAACGCGGUGUAUGGGCGAAUUAUCUACAAAUUUAGCAAUAUUCAUUUUGUUCCACACUUAUAAGUAUUUCGAUUUGUUAUUCUUAUAUACUUUUUACUUGUGCUAUGUAUUAUUCUUUUUAUUUCUGUAUCGUGUGUACUUUUUUUUUAUCGGAUUUAUUUUUGUUGAUUCAUCGAUCGAACAAAGAAUAUACGCGUUUUUAUUAAAUUGA